CUUGCAGCUGCCCCCAUCCUGAGCUGCACAGCUCACAGAGCAGGCCAGGGCCCGUAGCCCCAGCCAGAGAGAACCAGUCAUUUUCCGGGCCUUUGCUGAGGGCUCCUCUUCCCAUGAGAGGAUGGAGGAGGGGGAAUGGAGCCCCUUGCUGCCGAAGGAUGCUGUAGGCCAGGGGCCGCCCCUCUCCAUGGACAGCCCAGCCACACCAAACCACUUAGGUCCAGCACCUGGGGGAGACAAGUUUGGGAUCUGGAUCUGCUGCUGCUGUGCUCCUGGAGCCAAGCACCAGGCCUGGAGGGAAGGCCCUGCUGCCUCCCUCCCCAUGGGGACCAGCUGCAUCAAGUGUCUGAUCUUCCUCUCCAACUUCCUCUUCUCCCUGCUGGGCCUGCUGGCCCUGGCCGUAGGGCUCUGGGGCCUGGCUGUCAAAGGGUCUCUGGGAAGUAGUUUGGGAACAGUCCUGCCACCAGACCCCAUGCUGGGGCUGGUGCUUGGUGGGCUAGUGGUCAGCAUCGUGAGUCUGGCCGGCUGCCUGGGAGCCCUCUGUGAGAGCAGUAGCCUCCUUCGCUGCUUCUGCGGGGCCAUCCUCGGCCUCCUGGUGCUUGAGGCGCUUGCAGGGGCCCUGUUAGUGGCCCUCUGGGGUUCCCUACAGGAUGCCCUGGAGCACACCUUGCAAGUAGCCAUCAUCCACUACCAGGAUGACCCAGACCUGCACUUCCUCCUUGACCAAGUCCAGCUGGGGCUGCAGUGCUGCGGGACAGUGUCCUACCAGGACUGGCAGCAGAACCUGUACUUCAACUGCAGCUCUCCAGGGGUGCAGGCCUGCAGCCUUCCUGCCUCUUGCUGUAUCAACCCUCAGGAAGAUGGAGCCUCAGCGAACACCCAGUGCGGUUUCGGGGUACUACGCCUGGAUCAGGUGGCAGCAGGGCAAGUCGUAUACCUGGAGGGCUGCAGCCCCAGGCUGCAGCAGUGGAUGCUUGGGAACAUCCAGACCAUGGGUGGCUGUGCCAUUGGCAUUGUGCUAGUCCAGGGGGCUGAGCUCCUGCUGGCCACCCUGCUGCUGAGGACCCUAGCUGCCCAAAAGGUAGCAGAGGACCCUGGCCCAGGCCCUCCCUGAGCAUGGAGCUGCCUAUGCUGCUUUCCCCACUGGGCAGGGCCAAGGGGGGAGAGGCCAAGGGGGGAGAGGCCAAGGUACAGGCGGGGCUCUGGGCUUCCCCUGGCUGGCCUGGCAUGUGUGUGUAGAGUAGUCCAAGUAAUUCAUCCUGAGCCUUCUCCCCCUCCACCCUGUACCUGCUUCCUGCCCAUUGUUCCCAAGCCCUACAAUCCAUUUUGCAUCACUAUCUGAGGUUACUCUGGCUUCCUUGAGCAUCCACAUAGCUCCCCCCUGCUCCUUGCAAAGGCCAUCGUGGUCUGUGUCUGGCCGCAUCUGCUUCCCAUCUGGCUGGUGUGAAGAGCACAAGUCGGGGGUUCCUGGACGUGAUCUGCCUCUGGUCAGCUCCCAGCCCCUCAUUUCCUCACCUGUAGGGGCCCCUUCCCUCUCUGGGGCCACCUUCCCCUUC